AUGUCAAAGAUUGAAAGGACCAGGGAAGACUGCAAGAAGAUGACUGCCUUUUCACUGUCAACUGACACAGAUGCUUCUCUUUCUUCAUAUGAUAAAGAUCGAGGAUCUAAACUUACCCAAAAAGCUAAAGAGGCACCACUUGUCCCCACUGGAAUGGUGGGUUUUGCAGCAAUUUUUUCAUGUGGAUUAUAUAAAUGGAAGUGCAGGGGAAAUACUAAAAUGUCCAUUUCAAUGCACAUGCGUGUAGCAGUCUGAAGCUUUGUUGUGGGAGCAAUUACUCUUGCUUUGAGCUAUUCCAAGUAUUGGGAAUUCUGGCCAAAACAUAAAUCUUAGAAGAAGAGAUGCUGUUUUGGUCCUGUUGGUGUUGCUCGCUUUUUAGCUAUGUCCUGAGGUUUUAUGUUUGUGUUGAAAAUGAAUCACUUCAGUGGGUCAAUUUAAAAAAAAAAAAAAAAGCACAGCCUUGGAGGAAACUGUGAGAUAGUAUCAAUGUCAAAAGUUCUAGCAUACGUGUAAAUGCAGAGGGAGGGAAGGGAAAAAAUGAGGUGGGAAAAACUCACAUUUUGUGGAAGACAAAUAUACAACAGAAGUCCACUGAAAAGAAAAUAAAUACAAAGAAAAUGAAUACUAGGGCACAUUGUAAUCAAACUGCUGAAAAAUCAAAGGAAAAAUACUGAAAACAGAAUAUAUACAUAUCAACAAAUGAACAGAUUAUAUACAAGUGAAUAACAUUUCAAGUCAUUGACUUUUCACUAGAAGUAACAGAAGCCAGAAAAACAGCAACAUUAAAGUGCUCAAAGAAGAAAAAAGCUAACCCAGAAUUCUAUACUAAUGAAAACAUCCUUCAAGAAUGAAAGUGAAAUAAAUACAUUUUCAGAUAAAAGAAAACUAAAAAUUUAUUGUGAGAAGAUUUUACAACAGGAAAUGUUGAAGAGCCUCUUCAGGCUGAGAGGUUUUCUUGUUAUUAAGUUGUAUGAGCUGUUUAUGUAUUCUGGAAAUUAAACCUUUGUCGGUCGCAUCAUUUGCAAAUAUUUUCUCCCUUUCCAUAGGUUGUCAGUUUAUUUUGCUUACGCUUUGCUGUGCAAAAGCUUGUAAGUUUAAUUAGGUCCCAUUUGUUUAUUUUUGCUCUAUUUCUAUUGCCUGGGUAGACUACCCUACGAGAACAUUGCUAAGAUGUAUGUCAGGGAAUGUUUUGUCUAUGUUUUCUUCUAGGUUUAUUGUGUCUUGUCUUAUAUUUAAGUCUUUAAGCCAUUUUGAGUUUAUUUUUGUUUGGUGUGAGGGAGUGUUCUAACUUUAUUGAUUUACAUGCUGCUGUCCAGUUUUCCCAGUGCCACUUGGUGAAGAGACUGUCUUUUCUCCAUUGUACAUUCUUGCCUCCUUUGUCGAAGAUUAACUGACCAUAGGUCUAUGGGUUUAUUUCUGGGCUCUCUAUUCUGUUCCAUUGAUCCAUGUCUGUUUCUAUACCAAUACCAUGCUUUUUAAUCUGAUUACUGUAGCUCUGUAGUAUUGUCUGAAGUCUGGGAGGAUUAUUCCUCCAGCCUUGGUCUUUUUUUUUUUUUUUAAUUUAUUAAAAAAUUUUUUUAGUAGGGGAAGUAAUUAGGUUUACUUACUUGUUUUAUUUUUAGAGGAGAUGCUGGGGACUGAACCCAGGACCUUGUGUAUGCUAAGAUGCGCUCUACCACUUGAGCUGUAUCAUCUCCCCUCCAGCAUUGUUCUUUUUCCUCAUGAUUGCUUUGGCAGUUUGGGGUCUUUUGUGGUUUCACAUAAAUUUUAAGAUUAUUUGUUCUUAAAAAAAA